GGAGGAAAUGGGACUGGAGACCUAGAAGGAAAAUAAACUGCACGCCAAAGUGAUUGGCCUUGUAGGUAGGAGGGGAAUACCUGGAACAGAGGUCUCUUGGAGUGUGGAAAAAUGAAGAAAAACACAAACAAAACAAAACCCAGUUUAGCCCGGGUCCAUUGGUGCCAAAGAGGUGGCCAGCAUCAGAGUCAUCAGAAAGGAGAACUGAAGAGUUUGCAUGAGUGAGGAUGGGAAGAACGGGAUCAAAAUCCAUGAGAAAAAGCAGGAGUCCCCAAGUAAGCCAGAAGGAUGAUAAGAAAAUGCUAACCUCUUCCCAGGGUAGAGGUCAUGGUACUGGCUUAGGGGAAGUACUUUUAUCAGCAAGUUUUCUCAAACCAAGCAUUUAGAAUUUCAAGGAUACAAGAACCAAAACCAAGACGCUCCAGGAGGUAGUUUCCGAAGGAGGCGGCAGAGAUGACGUGGAGCUUAAGUGUGAAAGGGGCAGAAGCCUGUGCCAGGAGGUAGCAGGACCUCAGUGUCGUCACACGGGAUGUCUACCCCUUCUCUGAGCUCUAACACUAACCACAGCACCUGGUACUUUUUCAGGGCUCUGUGCUGGGGACAGGUGACAUGCAUUAUCUAAUUUAAUCCUCUUAACCCUUCGAGUAUGACUAUCCCAACUUACAGGUAAGGAAACAGGUUUUGAGAGAUGAAGUAACUUGCCCAAAGUCACACAGCUCUUAAGGAUUUGAAUCCAAGUAGUCUGACUCUGCAACCUCUGCUCUUAAUCACCCAUCUUGGGGUUCUCCAGAACCUGCAGGAAACCCAAAAGGAUGUCAAAGGAUCAAUUCCUAAAUCUUCAUUCCACAGCGUACAGGAAAGGGGGGUACUUCUGGGAAACCAGAGUAUCUCAUACCGCUAGAGCACUUAGAGAUGUUCUUCUUUAAAAGAACCAUCCCCAGAUACAGGGAGACUGUGGAUGUGCUGUAUGUUUUGGGCAAACCCGUUCUGGGUGGCUGUGGAAGAGACAUCCCACCCCACAUCUCCAGGGAGCAGCCAUGGGUCUGAGGCACUGCCGGGAGGCCCUGCCCUCGGGUCUGAGGGACACGUUCUCCACUCCAGGUGCCUGUUCGCUCUCCUGGAGCCUCUGGCCGUGGCACCCGACAGCAGCUCCUUGGUUUGGCUGGGGCGCAGGAUUAGCCAUCCCCAGGAAAUGCCUCCCUCCGGUCCAGGCAAGGAUCCCAGCAUAUCCACCCCUGGAGAGAGUGUGUGCGGUGUUGUGCGGAGGGGGUGGGGAAGGUGGAAUGCUUCCCCCUCUCCAGGUCAGAGAUCUGGGGACCACCUGGGGCCCUCCCCCUGUCCCACCUCCUUGCUGGGGAAGUGCCCAGUCCAGUGCCCCUUCCAUGCCCACCUCCCUCCCCCUAGCUGUGCAGGAGCAUGAAUCAGCUCUCACAGCUUGUUAAAGUCGGACCUCUUGUUUUCAUGCCCUCACCCCAGGAAACAGAGUUACAGCUUUUCCAGCUCUACUCAGCAGGGGGCCAGGGUCCUCACUUUAUAAGCAUCUCCAAGCCUGUGAGAGCAGAGGGCAGGAGAUGGUGUGAGACAGGAGCCCAGGGGAAAAGGCAGAAACUUACACUCAAGGACAGAACAAAGAGAAGCCAAAGAGACAAGACCCGAGUAGCCUGGACAGAAGCUGAGAAGGGUCUGCAAAGGCCGUGUGACAGGAAUGGCCCUAAGAAUGCUCUGGGCUGGACAGACUAAGGGGAUCCUGAGAGGCUGGGGGAUCAUCUGGUUGGUGAUAUCUCUGCUCCUCCAGCACCCGGGAGUCUACAGCAAGUGCUACUUCCAAGCUCAAGCCCCCUGCCACUAUGAAGGGAAGUAUUUUACCCUGGGUGAGUCUUGGCUCCGCAAGGACUGCUUCCACUGCACCUGCCUGCAUCCUGUCGGUGUGGGCUGCUGUGACACGUCCCAGCAUCCCAUCGACUUCCCCGCUGAGUGUGAGGUGCGACAGGAGGCAGGAACCUGCCAGUUCUCCCUGGUGCAAAAAUCUGACCCUCGGCUGCCCUGCAAAGGGGGAGGGCCUGACCCAGAGUGGGGCUCCGCUAACACCCCUGUUCCUGGGGCUCCUGCUCCCCACUCCAGCUAA